UCUACGUACCAGAGUGCUGGUGUCGGUGCCAGCUUGGGGAAGGAUCCUCAGUGUCGCUCGGAACGCGGCGGAACACGGUGGACAAGUCAUUCGUCCACGAACAGAUACUCACUCUGAAUUUAUCUUGUUAUUCUAUUGUUGACCCGGUUAUGAAUAUUCCUCCGGUAAUCGGGUUAUUUAGAUCGAAGCGGUAAACACGAUCGGGAAAUGCCUAGCGAUGUGGGUUAAAUUGUUCAGUCUGACUAUUGGAUUCCAAUUGCAGUGACGUUUUGAAUAGUGUUAUUUGUGAAAAGCAAGUGUCGAUUUGUGAAGGUACGAUAAAUUCGCAUAAUUAAUAUCCGAAGAGAGAAAUAGACUGGAUUGCGCGAGUAAUUGAGAAGCGUCGAAGUGCUGAUUUUAUCGUCUGAUUGUAAAAUGAGCCGUCCCCAAGGCGGCUUGGAGGUGGAGAGAUACAUUGGCAGUUGCCUGAUAUCAUCAUCCCUACGACAGAAUAUUCAGAAAACUCCGAUUAUCAAGAAACAGGAUAAUCAGCAAUUAUCGUUGCGUAGCAAUCCGAAUUGUUAUCCCCAGAACUAUUCACCCGGUAAUGAGCAAUGUCAGUAUGGCACCUGGACAGGUGCACCCUUGAUAUCCAUGACAUCUAGUCCAAGAAGGAGUAAUCAGCGUUUAUCUCCAUCUCCUUGUCAGCAAAUACAAAAUCAAUGUUCAACGAUCGAUCAAACUCAGCAGCAACAGCAGUCACAACAGGUUACGGGUCACCUGCAGAAUCGUAGUCCACUGUCACGACUGGCUAUUCACACUCAGGGUGCACCACUCAUCCUGGCUGGACGUUUUCACAAUCGUGGGAAGUUGCAAAAUUGUGGAAAUCUAACGAGCGGUGCUAAUGUCAAUAAUUUCUCAAACACUAAUAACAACAUUGGUAACACCGCAAUGUCUAAUGGAAGAUGUGGAGGCCAGAGGGGUCAGAGAACAAUGGAAACUCCACGUAAGCCACAGCAGCAACAGCAGCAGCAGCAACAACAACAACACCACCACCACCAUCACAACCAGCAGGUGCAGCAGAAGCCGGACUGUCAACCCCCUAAAGCCGACAAUUCAGGUUCAAACAUAGCCAACAUUGAUUCCCUGAGUAUUGCCAGUGAUGAGAGUUCAAACAACUCGGAAAACAGUCUACCACGUAUAAUAAAGCCACGCAAACGAAGGAAGAAGGACAGAAAGCCGACGAAUCCAGUGAGUCAGGAGAUUACGAAGCAGGAUGAUCCAGUACCACCGACAAAUCACGUUGCUGAACACACGGGUUUGGCAACGCUGAAGCCGUAUGUGCCGGUUUGUUACGAGGCACGUUAUGAGCCGGCAUCACACCGGUCACACAGGAGGCCACCAGUUGUGAGGGAAAGUUAUGGCAGAACGCAGACAUCCACAUCGAUUCAAGAGAUUACAGACACGAGGCAGAGGUACGGUCAUAGACACGUGCAGGUGAAAGUACUGGAUGACAACCGUAAUGUUGUUUUACCAAGCAAUGUACGUAUACAGGGAAUAACCAAGAUGUAUCGUAAUCAUCAUCACAUCAAUAAUCCAAUUAAUCGUUGCAAUAAUAAUAAUAAUAAUAAUAAUAAUAAUCCAACGAGAUAUAUAAAUUACGAUACUAGCUGUGAGAAGAGUGUUGUUGAUGAUACGUGCUGUCAGUGCCGUUACUGUGAUCCAUCUGGACUUAUUUGGGAUGUCGAGCAAAAUUGUUACUCACCAUUCUUAACACCACCACCACCAUCGAGCAGUGAUUUUGGGGGGGUACAGUAUCCGCAGAUACCACUGUAUCUGUCUCGUCCAAGUUUAUCAUGCCCGGAGCAGGAUUACUACGACGUUGAGGAUCAAAUUCAUGGUCAUCACUCUCACCACCAGCAUCACCUCCAUCAUUCACAGAAUCGUACGAAUCGUAUGGAACCAACUGGCUGUACUUUACUCAGACGCAGCUGGAGUGAUCCAACUAGUUAUUUCAGUGAACAAAUAAGUACACCGAGUCGAGAUGUUGGGGUUAUUGGUGAUCGGGGUCAGGCUGAGGUGACAAGGGGUAGAAGCUCCUGGCCAGGUAGUGCAUCGUCCGGUGUAUCACCAAGUGCUAAUGUCACUGGGCUCAGUUCACUGAGCAAUUCAGUGACACCUACACAGAGCCUCGAGGUAUCGACUGAAAUUGUCACAUCGUUGAAUGGGCAUCGUGAUCUUGAGAUUAAAUUCUACUCAUCAUCACCGAGUUCAGCUCCAACUGAGGAGGAGAAAUCAACGUUUUUUGAUGACAACGAGGACUUCAGUGAUAUUUGGAGUUAUCAUGAGUCGAAACUGCAACAGGAUUUUCGUACUCUCCUGCAGGCUGAAGAGUGAAAUUAAAUAAAUCAUUUUAAUGAUUAACAUUAUCCAAACUCUUCAAGUGAAAGAGGUGUAUCAUAAAUGCUUGUGUAUGUGUGAAUGUAAGAGAGAACGAGUGAGUGUAGAGCGCGGAGAAAGCGAGAUCGAUGACAAGAUCAACCGACGAAGCGUGAAACAAGUAGACGAUGGACGUGGUUGAGUGGCAACGAGAGGGAACAAAGUAGUCUCACUAAAUAAAUAAAAAUACAAACACGGAAUAAGAGAGAUAGCUAAAUUAAUUUACAAAAAAACAAAAUAACGAUAAUAUCAAAAAAAAAUAUAUAUAUAUAUAUAUAUAUACACACCAGAGUACUCGCGGACGUUAACGCGUAUCAGUGUCAUUGAGAGGAAAAUUGUAACGAACCUCCAGGUACAUUUCUAUCGUACUGUAGGGGUUUGUAAAGCUCGGUUACAGUGUAGAACAUGUCCUGGAUACCUCUCUAGCAGCAUCCUCACUCGCAUUCACGUACAAUGUUGACUAGAAAAGGGGGUAGACCGAUGAAUAAACCACGAAACAAGUCUGGAAAAUCCAUAUAUCUCCUCUUUGGUAACGGUCCAACCAGUGCGCGUCAAAAUUUACGUGAUAGGAUUGACGAAUAGCAUCAAGAUGUCCUGAGCAUGUUUCAUAAUUUUCCCUGGUUACGAUGAUUAAUAACCAUUGAAGUUGAUUCACCAACGUUGAGAUCAUUUGAAUGAAUGAGAUAAACAAUACAAAACAAAGAUAUCGAUGUUAAAAAGCAAACUCACCAGCGUUAUUUUUCUAAUCAUCUUUUAUCAUCGUCCAUCAUCGCGCACAUCUCAACAACUGAUGGAUCAAUCUUCAAAGUUAUUAUUAAAUCGUCGUGAAUAGUUAUGACCGGCAAUUGAUCGACGGGUGACUUCACUUGCACCUCUAAUAUAGCCAGUGAAAACGAGAUUGUAAACUCCAUCGUUGGCCUUGAGGAGGUGGAGUACGCAGGAGAGGUGCAAAGUGACGCUCCUGAUGAGAGGGACCCUGGUUGUGCAGGCUAGACAGGCGGUCUCUAUCGGUAAUACCCCACUUCCUCCAUCACUCUUAAACCGCGACGAUGGUAGGUGGAGUAGUUGAAGUUCCCCAUAUCAGUUUUACGUUUAUUCACGGUAGGGCCACAUCGAUUUCCCCCCCUUCACUUCCGCUCAAGUGUACCACGACAGCGUUAAUUGAACCGCGUAUUACACUACAUUUUUUCAUAUACAUUUCACCUUGACCAGCAGCUCCACAGCUAUCAUAACUACCUCUAUUCGUAAAUCUUUCCCUCGUACAUUUAUAAUCUCCAACGGAGACUCGCUGUGUUUCUCUUCCCUUUGGCGCCACCGAGUCCUCUUAUUUUUCCAUGAAUAACGCAGUACGGAAAAGGAGAGCACCGACAUUGCGAGUAAAUCUUGACGUGGUUGGAGGAACAAGGGCGCUCUCGAAUGAUGAAACCAUUGCGAAUCGAUAUACUCGUCCUCACGUUCAAUUCAACGUGGAAAAAUAUGUCUUUAAAAAUAUCAGAAAUUUUUCCCCUCCACUUUCUCUCAAUGUGAAUAUUCUCUUCUUACUUGAUUGUUCUUAAUUCAGGGUCACGUGUGCCGGUGUGUAUGUCACGCAGUGCCGAUGACCUUUAAUCCCAUCUGUUGUUUCUUUCACCGGUUGAAUAAUGGCACCGGCAUAUUGACGUGGGUCGGUAAACUGUUAUAAUUCACCCACGUUAUAUCUCGCACUCCGCUGCAUACUAAUAUCAUUUCACAAAAGCAUUGCGUGUCUCGGCAUGUUUCCGCGAGCUUUCUUCCCUCCAUGUGUGACUAUGUCUUUUCCUGCUGUUGUAGUUUUUUUUUUUUUAUAAAUAUUUGUUGUCUCAUCAGGCAUGUACACUUUACACUCAACAAUUUCUCAGCGUGUUUCCUAUUGACAGAAUCAAGAGUAAUACGUACUCGUUUUUCUGGUUUUCCGUUUGAAAAUACUCAUGCAACUGUUUGCUCAACCGCAUGAAUUCGCUCUAUCAAUAUUUAUUCAAAUCCAAUCGUUGGCACGGGAAAUUACUUCUACAUCUUUGCGUACUGUUUCUCUCUUUGUCCUCUUUUUCCAAUGGGUAUUUAUUCUGACAUUUUUAAUUCAAGGAAAAAUGGUUUAGUUGAUGGAAUAUUCCCCCGUGACACUGGAAUAGACUUACUGAAUCAUCUGCACCGAUUGCGCGGAGAAGAAUCUUUCAGUAAAAAUUAGACAACUCGUUCUUUGCACUCCGUAAAAUUUACGCGACACGAUCACAUUUUGUCAGUUGGUUCAUAUUAAAAGUACGAAAUACGGUGGAAAAAUUUGGGGAGAGUGCAGUUAAAUUUUUUACAACAAAAAUUAUUAAUAGGGAUUUUACGUGCUUCAAAAUAUUUACUGAAACAACGAAAUUUUACAGGAAUUUCGUCAAACGUUACAACAUUCAAUGCUCACGGGAAUUUCCACUUCGGUCCGCUCACAUUUCAAUAAAUAACUGAAUAAAAAAAAACUCGGCAGAUUCGAAAAAAAAUUUCUACGUGGGAUGAUUUUUUGUAAUUUAAAAAAUUUCCAGAACUGAAGAGGAAAUUUUUUGCACUUCGGAUUUUUCCACGUUUUUAUGUUCAUCGUUCGAACGUUCCAUCACGUAAUUUUUACUCAAGUUUUUUCUCACUUCUUCAUUGAAUUAGAUUUUGCUCGGCGAUUUUCCCUCUCCGUUAAAACGCGAAAAAUGAAUGAUAAUUGAUGCUAACGACGCUCUUUGUCUCCUCGUGUUUAACACGACAAGUCAUUAGAUACGAUAACAGUAUUUAUAAAAUGAAAUUCAAACGGAGAUAUUUGCCGAUAAUACUGAGCCCAUCGAGUUUGCGUGUCCCCUACGUAUAUCCAUUAGCCUUGAGGCCACUACGUAUCUCCGAUUCGCGAUCGAUUGGUAUAAUCUAUCCUGAUCGCUGAACGAUAAAGUCGUAGUGACGCUCACUCUUCACACUUCAACUUGACUAUCAUCUAAUUACAUCCACGGUGGUCUCAUCAUCGUCAUCUUAGUUUUUCCAUUUCCUUCCGUUCUCAUUCUCAGCUCUAUCAACCUUUCUCGCAAUAACACUGCAACCAGCCAUCGUACCUGGCUUUUCGAUUAAUCGUAAAUACUUCGUAUACCGGAGACAAUCUCGCAUCCUCCAGGUGAAAUCGAUUCGCAGUGGUAUCAGGAGCCCAAAAGAACUUGUUACAACCCGAUAAUAACUCCCCCCUUAAUUUUUUUUUCUUAUUUCUUUCAUCCAUCGAGACUGUCUACACUGUUUACUAAUAAAUUUAACGCAUACCCGAGUCUCUGGAAUCAUUUAUACACAUGUCCAAGAGGUGAAAAAAAAUGUGAGGAAUUAUGAGGAAACAAAUGUUGAAAAUGUGUGCUGUAUGUUUGUAUAUUAAACUUGACUGUGUUAAACCGAAGAUAAUGAUAAUGACGAUAGCUCGACCCAUUCGCUGUGCGAUCUCGUCGCUUCGUCGAUUAGUCUCUCUUUCUCCCCCCCUCCCCACCUUUCCCAUCGUAAAUUGAAAAUAAAUAUAAUAAAGCGAAGGAAAUUCCAUGUUUGAUUUGAGAAUGACACAAUACGCGUGUUUUUUAGAUCGAUUUGUCAAUGAGUUUGACAAAUAUCGUAAGUUUCAUUAGCAACAGUGGUUGUAAAUAGUUGAAAAGGAUACGUAUGGAGAAAACACGCUUUGUUCGCUGAUUAAUGGACAUUUAAAGUGAUGAAAAGGAGUAAAUAAUGGAGAAGAAGAAUUGUUAAAUUGAUGAAAUUGUCUUUCUCGUUAUUUUAUUUCAUACGAAUACCUUUAACGCUGUUUUUCUCAUUCGGCUGCGUCACACUGACGCACUCCCUCAUAAACCUCACCUCCUCGCCGUCAUUUCGAUUGAAACAAAAAAGGAGAAUAACGCGGGAGGAUAGGGGGAAAAAAGGAAAAUAUAUAUAAACAGAGACAAAAGAAAGAACAGGAGAGAAAUAACAUCUCUUUCUUUGUGGCAAUCGGGCGGUCGUUAAGGAAUAAUUUUGCGAGUGAAUGGAGUGGAGAAGAAAAAAAAGGGAAACACGAGUAGAGAAACAAAAAAUAAUGAGAGAGUGCACACGAGGGGUACGAGUGGUUUGUGUGAUGGAGAAGCUGGAUUGAAGUCGUCAGAGGGUGAAUCGGCCAUUUUUUUUUAUUCGUCUCCCGUGCCUUUCGCCCUAUUCUUUGUUUUCCCUUUGCCCGGAAAAUGCCAAUAGGCAUUUGGAACGCAAGAAAAAGGGAGGAGAGUCUCGUUGUUGGAUUGCGGUGGAAUUUCUUUUUUUUUUACCCUGCUCACAAACACACGCACACGUCCCCGCCACAUGGGCGUCUCAAACCGAUGAUUAAUCAUCCCUCUGUUGGGCCCCGAUGACGGCCGUUCGCUAAAGUGAGAAAGAUUGUACUCACGUGCCUGGGGUGUGCGUGUACGCUCGAGUAAUAAAAAAAAUACACCCCACGGGCGACUUCUUUUCCGCUUGAUCGCUCAGACUCAACCAAUAAGUGUCAAAUAACUCCUCCGUUUGGUGAACGUUUUAUUCUUUAUUCUCCAUUCAUUACAGUUUUAUUUCCUCUUGGGGGAGAAUAAUUGCGCAACUAGUGGAGGGUGGAGACAGAACACUGGAAGGGAAUUGAAAUUUCAUGGACAGUUGACGGUUAAUUUUCAGGGGGCGACGGUGAAGCUUGUGAGAGAGAGGGAGGAGGGGCUGGGGGGAUUUAGGAAAUUCGCGGUGAGACACAUUCAAUGAAAAUUGAAAGAAAAAAACGUAGACAUUACGUUGUGAGCGACAUAAGAUUUUAUAAUAAUUCAAUGAUUGCAUUAUCUUUACUGAGUAUUUCUACCUGUGUGAAUAUUCAGGAAAAUUUCGAGACGUGGAAACUACUGUGGCUAGUCGUGCGAUAACUCGUGCAAACAAAAAACAAUACCUGUGUAGGGCGAUCUGUCGUGAAAAAUCAAUUGAUAAUUACCGUGAUAGUGAUACGAGUCGAGUAUCAGACGGCAGAAGUAGUGGUAAACUUCUAAGUCCCCGUGUUCGACCACGUCCAUUGCCCAGCCACUCUAGUCUCCUCGGCGAAGUGCGUAUAAAGUCUUGCCUUCGAGCAAAAAGAAAUACUUGAAUUUCACACUCCAUUCACAGACAUUUUUCAAAUACUAAAAAUUGAAUUAAGCUUUUGAGGCGCCGACUCCUUUCAAAUUUAUUGAUAAAAUUUUUAUUUCAUUCAGGCGUUAUUUAGUGUUUGAAAAAUUUCCGCAAAAUGGUUUAGAUCUCAUUUCUUUUAUUUAUCUAAAAAUUGGACUGCGUGAUAGGUUUUGUAAUUUUUACUGAACAUUUCUCUCCCUCUGGAUCCCCGUCCUAAAUCGAACGACGGGCACUCACCCUCUGUCUCGGACUCGCUCCACCGCCGUAUUCCAAUUCUCGAGUAGCCCAGAAAUAUCAGCACCAUAUUUGGUACACUGGAUAAUUGCGAAUGUUAUAAGCUGUAGCGAAGGGACGAGACAUCGAUAAAGCGCCGAGUACGGCACAUGGAAAUGUAUCCCUGUACUGUUGAUUCCUCUCCCUCCCUACAGCAUCACCCGCCACAAGCGAUAACUUGUAUAUUCGCUCUUGUGCAUGACACUUUGCAAGUAUAAUUAUCUUGAAAAUUAGUGGUUAACAAGGGAGGGGACGACGAGGCCGCUACACGAGACGAGACAGGGGUUUCGAGUGUCACAGUGUGCAAUGUGGAUUUUAGGGAAAAUGACGCUAGGGCGUGAGGAGGUUUACCUUGACAUUGAUGACAGUAGUGCAUCAAAUUAAAUUGAUAUUUAAUUAAGAUAUUGAGUGAGUGAUGAGUGCACUGAUAGCGGUGAAUUAUUGUUCCGGGGAAAAUGUGAAAAUUGUGGACCACGAGCGAAUUCAUAGGUGACUUCGAUCGUGGCCCGAAUUAUUAUUGUAAGACGAGAUUGUCUGGGCUAUUGGUGGACUGGACAAUUUAUUGUUUCACAUGUCGAUGCACACAAUUGCGGUGUGAUAAAAGGCUAAUUUAAAUUGGUGAAAUUUAUUCAUUGGCUGGCGUAUUCUGAUGUUCGUGUUUUUUACUUAUUUCAUGUCUAUACAGUUUUCUCUCAGCCAGUAUAAACAAAUGGAGUACACCGAGAAAUAAAAGAUGCAAUACUGUUUGUAUAAUUA